AAUUCAUUUGUAUUGUGGAGUUUUUUUUUUUUGUUUAGUAAUGAAGUUGCGUUUGGUGGGAGAACUUGUUUCAGGACCUGUGCGUCGACGGUGCGCUUCAUGGCAGCAGGACUCAGUGCAGGGUGGAUCAGGACUGACUCUCAGUAGAGUUCGGCGUGAGCUGCAGCGGCGUCCAGGAUGAAGUCUGUCCGGGUGGCGGUGGUGGGAGCCGGCGUGGUGGGAUUCUCCACGGCAGUCUGCAUCGCCGAAGCUCUUCCUUCCUGCUCGGUUACCGUGCUGGCUGAGAAGUUCAGCCCCGAUACCACCAGCGAUGUAGCAGCAGGGAUUGUGUUCGCCACAGCAUUUCCAGAUAUUCCCUUGGAGAGGCAGAGGCGAUGGUUCAAGGACAGCUUCGACCACCUGCUGGCUCUGGCUCAGUCUGAAGAGGCGCCAGAAGCCGGAGUGAUGAUGAGCUCUGGCUACCAGAUUUUCAGGGAGCCUCCGGCUGAUAAAAACCCCCUGUGGUCUGAGUUUGCCAUCGGAUUUCGUGAAAUGAGCGAUUCAGAGCUGAAACGCUUCCCUGAACACACGUUUGGGCAGGCGUUGACCACCGUCAAGUGUGAAUGCUCCAUCUACCUACCGUGGCUGGAGAAGAGGUUCAGAAAAGCUGGAGGGAAAGUAGAGCAGAGGAAAAUCAACAGUCUGCAGGAGCUGAGCAGCAGCUUCGAUAUCAUCGUGAACUGCUCCGGUCUGGGAUCCAGGUCUCUGGUGGGCGACUCGGCCGUCUACCCCGUCAGGGGCCAGGUCUUCAAGGUGGAGGCCCCCUGGCUGAAGCACUUCAUCCGGGACGGCGACGGGAUGACGUACAUCUACCCGGGCAUCCACAGCGUGACGGUGGGCGGGACGCGGCAGCAGGGGGACUGGAGGCUGCACGCGGACCGGGGCGACUCCGAGGCCAUCCUGGAGCGCUGCUGCCGGCUGGAGCCGUCGCUCCGGGGGGCCAGGGUGCUCGGCGAGCGGGUGGGCCUGAGGCCCGGCAGGAAGAACCCGCGGGUGGAGAGGGAGGCGGUGCAGCUGGGGGGCCGGCGGGUCCCGGUGGUCCACAACUACGGCCACGGCGGCUGGGGGGUCACCCUCGCCUGGGGCACCGCGCGGGACGCUCUGGGGCUGGUCCGGCAGUGCCUGCAGGAAAUGCCCCCCCGGGCCAAACUCUGAAAUCACUGUGAAGCUGAAUAAAGUACGCCUUUGACUUAAAUGACUCUCAGAUUUAGGAAAAAUGACACUUUUUAAAAGAGGAAAAUCACUAAUUCAAUAACUUUAAACAACAUGAGAAGAUUUUAUGAGUUGUCUUGAAAGGAAAA